AUGGAUCGAAAACCAAUCAAGCAUUGAUAUAAACAAACAUUUUGUGCGAAAACUUUCGAUCCACCCGUUAGUAGUAGUAGUGGAAUAAAGGCUGAUGGUUUUCUUCCAGCACUUAUUUUUAUUGUAUUAAAAGGUGAACCACCACGUUUGCAUUCAAAUAUACAAUUUUUGAGUCAAUUUUCUCAACCAAAUGGUGAACAGCUUUAUUAUUUAGCUAAUCUUGAUUCAGCUGUUCAUUUUAUUGAACUUUUACAAGGUCAACAUUCUAUUUAUCAUCUCAGGAUUUUUCACAAUAUAUGCGUGAUUACUAAAGAUUUACUUGGUGGAAUGAUAUAUCGUAAUUAUGGACAUAUUGUUAAUGUUGUCAGUAGUGGAGCAUUGAAUGAAAAUACUUUUAGUUCAUCCUAUUCAUCUUCAACAGCAGCUUUAUUCAAUUUUACGGAAAUGUUUAGUCAAGAAUUAAUGUUUUCUAAGGCAACUGGUGUUCGAAGGACAGCUAUUUUACCAUUUUAUCUUCAUGGUGGAAUUUAUACAACACUACGUAAUGUGAAAGAGAAAGUUUUACGUGUAACUCUUGAACUUUUUGAUGAAACGCCACAUGCAAUUGUAUGUGUAAUUAAAUCAAGUCGUAGCCUAAUACUUUUACCGUCAUUUCAAUAA